AUGGAACAGCUGGCGAGUAUGAUAUUUGCAUUCCUGGAACAAUUAUUCCCCGAAACUCCUCGACGCUCCACAGGUUCCACGUAUGAUUCCUCUUCCGACGAGUUGGAACGGAUCCAGUCCAUUGUUUUGGCUAAUGUUCAGCUUUUAGCCACUUGGGAUGCUGAACGAACCCUUCGUCUGCUAUUUCAUAUGUUUCGUGUACCGUUACCGAAUCUGUUAUCCAAAGUGUCUCCGGAACUCGCCAGCCUGUCCGCAUCCGAGAAGGUGACCUUUCUCGAUUCAUCACAAGAUCAAGAAACGGCCUGUAAACUGCUCCUGUCCGCAUAUUAUCGUGCUCGUCAGUUGUNNNNUCGUGUUUCACGCGCUAACUCUGAUAUUCUCACAACAUCAACCUCCAUGGCAAAUCUUGGGAAUACCGAAUGGGAGCGAUUUAUCAUUCACUCUCACCCCGAAAUGGCUGAGGGUUAUAUCCGUCUAAUGGCGAGAACCGAUCAUGCAGAUCCGACACUACUACGGUUCUUAGAAACGAACUCAGAUUAUCGAACGGCUGUUGUUCUCCAGAUGUUCCUCACCGCCUGGCAUCAUCUUCUGUCUCUGGUUCCCACGGAUUCUGGGCACGAAGAUGUUUCUCGAAUCUCGCCUUCAUCAACCAACUCGGACCUCUUUGAGUCGGCUCGGAUCGCGGCGCGCAACGCAGCCGACUUGUGGUUUGUUCUUGCUCAACGCUGUUCCGCUCCAGUAUCUGGUGAUUCGGCAGUAGUGGAAAACUGCGAGAAGAUCUGGUUUCAUGUGAUCGAUGUGCUUCUUCACGAGGAACAAGCGUCAAAAAGCCGUAUUUUGGAAUCAGAUAUCAAUGAUUUGUUUCACAGUCUGCUCUCCUACUUGCCCAGGAGUAUCUCAUUGACAUCUAUUGUGUCCUACAUCUUACAGUCCGCUUCCACGGAAACUACCUCUCGAUUCAACCCGCAGACCAGUCAUUUGCUCACAAGGCUAGUUACCACGUGUCAUAUGGAAGUGGAACAGAUGACCUUGAACUGUGAGUUAGCCAAACGCGAAUUGGCCCAGAAACAAGCUGUCCUGUUGGCUCGUCUACAGCACGGUUUUACGGCUACCGCGCAUGGGUUUUGGUGCGGUCUAUGUGAGAGCAGUCUGCGCACCCCUAGUCGAAUCGAUUUUCACAAGUCCACCACACAUUCCAAAUCGCAUUUAAAGACGAGCUCGAACAACAACAAGUCGAUUGUUGCUUUUCAUUGUGGUCAUAUGUUCCAUAUUCACUGUCUGGCCGUAACCGGGGCGGUCGAAACUGAUCCAAUGCAAGCCUUGGAACUGUACGGAUUCCCGCGACACUGGAUUUGUCCAGUUUGUCAUCCCUGUCCUAUUCGUUUGGAUCUUCCCGACCCAGUACACAACCAGGACUUCGAAUUGGUAUCUGAUUCGCCACGCUCCGCGCGAAUGGAGCCAUUAAUAGAUGAACCCUAUCUCUCGUGGUAUGAUCCAAUCCGUGUGGAUACGAGCCAUAAGUCUGAUUUUGUGCCCUAG